GGUGGUGAUCAGCAGCUGCACGGACAAGACAGCAGCGCUGCGUUCAGAGACAGGCUUCGGCUGUAACUACACGAAAGGCUCCGCGUAUGGAGAUCAUCUAUUUUUGUGAUGGCGAGGCGUCUGUUUCCACGUGCCUGGAUAAAUAAAUCGUUAUAUUUCCAGGCUCGUAUCUCCUUUGUGCGGGUGAAAUACCUGUUCCUCACCUGGCUGACAGUGUUCGUGGGAGGCUGGGUGAUCUACGUCCAGUAUUCUAACUACACCGAGCUCUGCCGAGGACAUGAGUGCAAGAACGCCAUAUGUGAUAAAUACAGGAGGGGCAUCAUUGACGGCUCGGCCUGCAGCAGUCUGUGUGACAAAGACACCCUCUACCUGGGAAGAUGUCUCUCUACCAGCCCCAACCACCAGGUUUACACAGGUGGUUGGGGUGAUGUGGACGGGGUGAUCCGCUGCCGGGUGGGGGAGGUGCUGCACUAUGAGCUGGGAGAAGAGCCAGAGCCCCGGAGGGAGGCUGCAGUCUUCGACAAACCCACCCGUGGCACGUCUGUGAAGAAGUUCAGAGAGAUGGUCUUCAAUCACUUCAAGUCAAAGCUGGGCGAGCAGGCCAACCUGGCCAGCCUGGUGACCAAGAUCCUCACCGUCGCCGACGGCAACAAGGACGGGCACGUCUCCCUCCCUGAGGCCCGUUCAGCCUGGGCUCUUCUCCAGUUGGAUGAGGUGCUGCUGGGCCUGCUCCUCCAGGACCGGGGCCACACCCCUCGGCUGCUGGGCUUCUGUGGGGACCUGUACGUGACCGAGAGGGUCCCUUACGGCCCCCUGUACGGUCUCAGCCUCCCCUGGUCCCUUGAGACCUGGGUACCCAGUGAGGCCCGACGCGGCAUGGACCAGUGGUUCACGCCCUCUUGGCCCCGCAAAGCCAAGAUCUCCAUGGGUCUCCUGGAGCUGGUGGAGGACAUCUUCCACGGCAACUACGGCAGCUUCCUCAUGUGCGACCUGAGCGCCGACCAUUUCGGCUACACGGACCGUCACGACCUCCGCCUCACCGACCCCAGGGCCAUCGUCUCUGAGGACACGUUCCGGCGAACCAUGCGUGCGCUGCACUGCGAGAAGGACGACGACUGUGUGCUGGGGCCGGACUGCCGGACAUCGUGCGACAUGGCUCAGAGACGAUGCAGGGAGGAGGUGACCCAGCCCAACCUGGCCAAGGCAUGCAGGGUGCUGAGGGACUACCUUCUGAGAGGGGCGCCGUCAGAGCUGAGGGAGGGGUUAGAGAGGCAGCUGUACGCCUGCAUGGCCCUCAGAGGCUCGGCGGGACAGAUGGACAUGGAGCACUCCCUGAUUCUGAACAACCUCAAGGCCCUGCUGUGGAGACAGAUAUCCCAUACUAAAGACUCGUGAUGAGGGGACAACACAACCGAGUCCUCAAAUACUUAAAAGGAAAGAUUCACCCAUUUUGAAUGUUAUCGUUUUUGUGCAUCUGAGUGAUGUUCUAUCGAUUCCAGGGGUCAUUUCACGUGUCUGAGCUAUUGCUGUUCAAGCAGGCAGAAAUACAAUAUAACAUUCAAAAUGAGUGAAACACAAAAACAACAUCAUUCAUUCAAGACGUACUACAUUGUUUUAUUUAUGUUUUGCUGACUCAUUGGAAGAAUGAUAAUUAUAAUUCCUGUUCAGGAUGCUGGAAAAUAACUGUAGAUCUGCUGUUUAUGACAGGGCUCAUGGAGUCUUGUUUUCCCCUCAGAAAAAAGAUGGAACAUUUGAUAAGUUAUGAACUACACGUUGGAAGUACACUUGCACAUUUCGGUUUCUUCAAUGUGACCAAGGAAUCUAUCUGAAGAAACAGUAUUAUAGAGGUCUAAGGUAUUGUUCCAAUUCUCUCCUUUCCAGUGUGCACUUGUUCCCUUCUGAUUUGAAAGGAAAUGACUGGUAUAACCAAUAUGGUGGAAACUUCCUGUAGUCCAUACCUCAACCAAUCCAAUGCUUUUAGAUUUAUGGGAAAUAGUGGAUAGUGUACACUUCAGGAGACAUUGGAAUGUACCCAGCUGUCGUCCUGAAUCGGCCUAUGACGAGCCAUUAUUCUUGGUUUGUGUACCAUGUACAUUUUCUUUUUAAAAUUUUUAUCCCCAAUUUUUCGUGGUAUCCAAUCGCUAGUAAUUACUAUCUUGUCUCAUCGCUACAACUCCCGUACGGGCUCGGGA